UUGACAUUUCAAUGUAUCUCCGGGGAAAAAGCACAAUUUCCAGUUUUGACUUUGACAGAUUGAACAAGACUGCCGAGUAUCAAGCCCAAGUGGUAGAGUAGUCGAGUUUUACAUAUUUGUAUUUCGCAAAAAAACUACUAUUAAAAUUAGGAAACAUCUUUGUGACAUCGGGAAACGACCUGCAACAUCCUUUAAUUCUCUCAUUCCUUUCACUGCCAUUUAUUCUGGACCUCUGAAACUUUGGAAAUGGCAGAAAGCAACAGUGAACUUAGCGAUGAGGAUAUAAUCAUCAACGAUCAGGACGGACUCCCGAAUGUUCAUCCCAACCUUAUUCCAGAGGCGGAAAUAUCUAGUCCAGAGCAGCAUCAGUCGGAUGAUGAAUUUGAAGAUCUGCCUACUUCACUUAUAGUCACCAAUAUUCAUGAUUCGGUAUUUGCUUCUUCAGAUAAAAAAAGAGAAAUGGAGGAGCUGUUUCGCAAAUAUGAUCCAGGAGUAACCUUUCAGUGGCUGCGUAGUUUUAGAAGACUUCGUGUCAACUUCCAGACAGCUUAUGCUGCUGUUACUGCUAGGAUUCAGUUGCACCAGUUCAAAUUCAAUGAUUCGAAGGUGAUCACAUGUUACUUCGCCCAACCAGUGACGCCAGUGAAAAAUCCCAGUCUUCAGCCUCCGGCGCCAUAUAAGCAGUUCCUUAUCUCGCCGCCGGCCUCUCCUCCUUUAGAUUGGGAGCCGAGACCUGAGGGAGAGCCGAUUAUCAACCAUGACCUAUUGGCAGCACUUGCCACGCUUACGCCUGGUGGUACUCAUGAACUCCAUCCGUCAUCGCCUGGCCAACCGUCCAUCGUGGUGCAUACGGCCUUGGGAGCUCCAGACUCAAAAGGAGCCACUCCUAAAGGCACUAAACCAAGAUGUAUCCAGACAGCAUGUCCGGAAAGGAGUUAAUCUCUGAUUGUGUAUGUAAGUAUAUAGGUUACCUCUCUCCUGUUACCCCUGUAUGAGUAGGUGAUGCGAUCGCAGUAUUGCUGCCUUACCAGUGGCGAAGUUAUAGACACAGCCGCGCAAGAUUGUCUUGUCAUGAUGUGUUCAGUUCAUAGAACUUAUUUAUUUGAUAUAAGCAAAUAUUAAGCACCAUAUGAGGACAGAAUUUACACUGUGCCACUUAUAUUGUAUACAUUCUAUCAUUUUAUUUUCAUAUAAAGUAAUAAACAUUAGGAAAGAUGGGUAUAUUUGUUUUUGCUUUCAUUUUAAAGGGUUUCAUGUAUAAUAGUCUAUAGUAUUAUAUAUGCAUGGUUUACUCAACAUUUUAUCCACAUGUUUUUCAUAGUGGUACAUUACACACGUGGUUUCAGAAGUGAACUUAUUAGGCGAUGAGGUAUAGAUUUUCCAGUAUUAACAUUAUACAUAUAUUACAAAAUAUUUAGUUUUACAUUCGAUUCUUACGUUUUCAAGUUUUUUGACAAAUACUUUGAAGUAUCUAAUUGCAAGUAAACUAAUUAACGUUUAAAGCCAUCUGGCAAUAUUAUGCCCAUUAUUGGGGUAUUCAAGAGAGAUUGCCUGAUGAGGAGCUAUACUCCUUAUUUCUCGAUGGGUUUCAAAUAUUUUGAAAUAUAAUUUUCAGGUUUCAUAGUGACAGAGAAAUUUACCUGAUAUUUAUACUUUUACAACUAAUUCAUUAUUUACUCAGAUGCUUUUUUAUUGUUCAUAUUUACCUAGAAAGUGGACUGCAAUAGGGUGCGAUCAUCCGCAAGAGAUAACUUUUUUUGAAGAGUGGAGGUAACAAUUUUUUUUUCGGGAUUUUUUUUCAGGGGGAGGGGAUCCAAAAAAAUCUCCAAAAUUAUACUAAAUAUGCAAUUUUUAUGGCUCAACCGGAUCAUCAGGGACGGGUGGGAGCAGCUUCACCCCCCCCCCCCUGUGGGCGCCCAUGAACACAGGAAAAAUCAACGCAUCGAGCUAAUUUUAAAAACUUAAUCAUCAUCUUGAGAUGUUUGUUGGAAUAAAAUUCUUUAUACUUGAAUACCUUCCUUCUACCUCACAAUCCACAAGGCUCGCACAACUGGUAGGGUAGUUACACUGUGUUCAAAACAAAGGUAUGACAUCUUGGUUGUAUAUAAGCUAAAACUCAAGUUUGAAGUGCAGUUAAUAUGUUAUUUCCUUUAUUAUCUAUUAUUCUAUUGAUUUGAUAUAGCAGGAGGGCCAAAUCACACGAAAAUAUAUUUCAAAAAACCACAACCACAACAUUCGAGCGGUACGCACAGAAUGAUCGUGGAACAGUGUUGCCAGAAUUUAUGAUCGAAGUGUACUAGCCUUGAGCCGAAAAAUGUACUAGAUUAUAAUAAAUUGUACUAGAUUCAGUUUAAGCUGCUGCUCACACUAUUUACUAUUUUUAAUAUAAAAUACAUGUGAGGAUAAAUAGGAAAUAACAGGCAAAAUAAUAUUAUAUAUAUAUAUACAUAUUUAAAAACUGAAUAUAAAACAAAAAACAAUAUAAAAACUAGAUCUAAGGAAUCAUAUACCUAAAACUACUAAAAUAAGUAAACAUAAUAAAAAUCAAAUUAAAAUCUUUGGUAUUCUUAGGAACUAAACAGAACAACCAUUUUUUAUACAUAUAAUAAUAAUAAUAUAUGUACACAGAACACAGAAUGUUCGAAAGUACACAAGGUAUUUUUUUGGGGAUGAUUGACAUUUUGACACACCACACGAAGUGUCAUAAUUUAUUUGUAAACAAUCUGUCUACGACAAAGAGACUGUGACGGUUCCCAAGAAUAACAGAAGCAUUCUCCUAAAUUUCCUUUUGCAUGUAAAAUAUCAUUAAGUGUUUCUAUCGUCAAUCUAUUUCUUAAUUUUGUUUUUAACAAAGCCACUGUUGAAAAUAUUCUUUCGGCCGCUGCUGAAGAAUGCGGUAGAGAUAACAAACCUAUUAUCAGCUUUUCUAAAUGUGGGAACAUGUCCUCGUUCAUUGCAUUUUUUAGUUUUAAAACUUUAGACCAGAAAUCGUCAACUGAAUUUUGAUCUAUGUUCUUCAGCUCUGCAAUGUCUGGUAGAAGGCGCCAUUCAGAAUUGAGUUUCUCUAUGUCGGAAAUUAAAUUUGGGAAAAACAUUUGAGCAUCUAACGCAAUGCUACCAACCUCACCUGAUAAGGCGAUCUGCGGAUCCAACACAUAACUUAUAAAUUUGAGAACUGGGUCAUCAAAAUUGAAUCGUUUUUUGAUCUGUUGGGAGAGUUCGAUAUAAAAUUCCAGAACUCGUAAUUUAAAGUUAUGAAUAUCUUGCUUGCAAAUAUUAGGGUUACUCAGUAACAGUUCUGUUUUGGCACCAAAAUAUACAUUUUCUAAUGGAAUAAAUGAUCUUGGAUCAUUUGUAUCAAUUUGAUUCAAUGGUUGGUUAUCUAGAAUUUUUUUUUUAACAAAAUUCCUGAGAAUUGAUCUAUAUAAAUCAGAUGUUCGUUUUAAAAGCAGAUGCAAUUUUGGUUUCUCAGCUUGGAAUUCUAUAUUCAGUUUAUUUACCUGUUCUAAUACAUAGGAAAGGAAAGUAAAAUAUACCUUGAAUAUUGGAUUUUCCAAAGAGUCCAUAAUACUUUUGGUAGCAUGAAGAUCUUCUUCCAAAUAUUCACUCUGAAAAAAAAGUCUUAGGGCAUCCCAGUUCUCUAGCAACCUAUCGACAGCAGCCUAAAAAAAUAAAGAUUCAACUGAUACAUCUUAGUUCACUGUAGAAAUAUAUAGUUAGUCUUACUUGCAAAGAUAACCAACGUGUCUGACAAGGGUGUAAAAUUUUAGGUGGUUUUAAGUCUACAAACUUCUGAAAUUCUUCCAGCUUCUCCUUUCUUUUACUACUAUGUGCAAAGUAGUUAUAUAUAGACCUUAUGAAAUCCUCCAAUGUUCUUGGUAACUUUUUUGCUGCUGCUGAGGAGCAUAAGUGAAAAGAAUGGCAGACACAUCCGAGAAUAAAAAUAUUGGGCAAUAUGGUUCUAAAUCUUGCUUGGACCCCUGAGAUAUGGCCCAUCAUUACUGAUGCAUUAUCUGCUGCCAAUCCCAACAUGUUGUCCAAAGGAAUGUUAAGUUGUUUUAAGUGAUCACAUAUAGCUUUAAAUAGACUUUCUGCAUCUGCUGAGAGUACCCUGACCAAACCCAAGAAAACUUCUUUAGAUCUAUUUUGUAAAACGUCAAAAUAUCGUGCAACAACAACUAGUGAUUUUUGUGACGAUAUGUCUGUUGUUUCAUCCACAAUUAAAGAGAAUUUUUGUUUUUGAAGUAACUGAGACAUUGAAAAUUGAUGUUCUUCAGCAAUACAUCGAGUAAGAUUUGUCGCCUUUGUCCUAGCACAUUUUAGUUCUUUUGCGAUUGUAGAAUCGGGACAUAUGACAGAUAGUAAUAAUAUUAAAUGAUCCAUAAGGAUAAAUGGCAAAUUGUGCUCAUGGAUAAACAUAGUUAGUUUCAAUUCUGCUCUACGUACACUCUUUAAAACAUCAUUAUUUUCACAGUAAUUUUCAAUGGUUGGUGUCUUUUUUGCUUUUAUGAUGUUUUUUUCAUGAGUCUGGGAUGAUGCAUGUCGUCCUAAAUGUUUAAAACCUCCAGCAAUAAAUCUUGAGCAAGCUUUACAGAAUGAUUGUUGUUUUUUUUCUUCUAACCAAGGAUAGAUUCGUAUCCACUCUGAUCUAAAUUUUUGUUUGUAGUGUUUUUUCCUCUUUUUCUCCACCUGAGGCGUGCUAGGAAUUUCUUCAGACGAAGUCAUACUAUCUGUAUUCUCGGAAGAACUAACGGCUGAUGUACUUGCUACUUCAGUUGUAGGUUCUUUUUUCUUCUUCAAAAACCUAUAAAAAUUAUUCUGUUUGUAACAAAAAUAUUGCACUUUGCAAUUGCAAAUUUAGAAAAUUCAAUUAGGUGAUAAUAUUAUUUACCUGUCCAUAAUGGAAACCCCUUGAUCUGAGAUGAGAAUCGGAGCAACUAACUAAAGGGAUAGGGGAUUACCAAUAAGCAAUAAGCCACACACGUAUGUUAAUAACAACAAACCAUUUAAGCCAAAGAAAAGACCUAUAACUGAAUGUAAAUUCGGUGUUUAUGGUUUGUUUUCAAAUUUUUAAAUUGCACACCCUUCUAACCUUCUUUCUACUAUGCCCCUCCCAAACAGUCUGUCAUCUGUCAUUAGUUUCAAUAAUUUCUGGCUGCGUGGCUGCCUAAUUUCUGCACACGAUAAUAGGCAACCCAGAAUACACCAUACACGCCAAACAUGCGAAAAUGAUUUGUUUUACAGUUUAAGUUCAAUUCUAAUGAUACUUUUCAUUUCAUCAGGGCAAAAUUGUUGUGCUUCAUGUUUUACUAGUCUGAACUAAAGUUGUUAUUGAAAAAUUCGAAAGUCGUACUAGAUUUUCAACAAAACGUACUAGCGUACAAAAUCAUGUUAAAAUGUACUAGAUCUAGUACAUUUGUACUAGACUGGCAACACUGUCGUGGAACGAUGGAUCACUGGCGUGCCGACUGUGGACGGCAGCGGUUGCGAUUCUAUAAGUAUGAUUUAGAACUGUUAUAAUUUUGCUAUCGAGGUUUUUAUAAUUUUGAUUCUAACACUUUGCAACCUGAAAGAUUCACGAUAUUACAAAAUUUGUGUGUGAUUAGUCUAUAAAUCCUAACAUUUUUAAACUACAGUAUCGUAACUGCACUUUAAAUCUGAAUAUUGUACAGGAUGCAAGUGCGCUACAAAACUAAGUAAGAUCUGUUUUUAUCUUGUCAAUUUUCUCAAAUCAGUAUGUUUAUUUUUGUGAACAAAGCUGGUUUUUGCCAAGCUGAAAUUAAAUGCGUAUUUUGAAAGAACACAAAAAGUAUAAAUGCCACUAUAUUCGUUUUCCAGAAAAUUUAAAAGAGUAUCCGUAUUUAGUAAACCAUACAUGAAAUGUUGAAUACUUUAAACAUUAUUUCCUAGUUUUUCGUUUGCCGCUAAUAUUACAGAAUAUGUCCAAGAUUCCCGUUCUUAAAACAAGUGAAAGGAAUCUAGCUUUGCUCCUUUUAACCAUGGUCCUGGAUAAAAUUAUUCAUAUAAGCUUUCCACUGUAACAAUCUACGUAUCUGCACGAAAAUUAGAUUUGUCCAUUUAGGAAUUGCAAAAAUGGCGAGGAUUAGUGGUUUUGUGAAGUAUACUAAUCGGAGAAUUUGUGACAAUUGAGCUGCAACUUGAUCACUUCAAACUUUAGCUUUUUCAACAGAAUAAACAUACAUGUUAGCUAAGGCAACUUUUGUUCUUAUUUUAUUAGAAAAAUAUGUUUAUUCCACUGUAUUGCUCGAAUAUGUAAUUACUGUUUUACAUAUUUGACAGUUUUAAAGACGUAGCAAUAUGAAAAGUCAAAUAAAAUAGGAAAUUAAUAAAUACGCUUGGUACAGCUCUCGUUUCGUUCCUAGGGCAACUUUAGAUAUUCACAUUCACUUUUCUUUCUUUGCACUUAUGUUAUUUAUAUUUACUUACUAUAUAAAACUAUAUUUAUCUAUUUUAAAAGCUUUCGUUGUGAUAUAGUUUUAGACAACAUCUUGUGUUUUAGUCUUUUUGAUUUUACUAAUGCAGUAUGCUAAGUGAUCAUUUUCGGUGGUAUUUGGUUAAGGAAUUGCAUAGAUACUUCUUCGCCAAGGAAACUGAAAAAAUGAAAACUUGAAUAACUCCAAGCAAUAGUCUUUUUGCUUACAAUAUUUAAUAGUAAUGAAUGAUCUCUUGCAUACUUCUCGUACUCCGUUUAUUUCAGCAGUAAUUACAUACAAUUGGUUCUCCAAGCAGUUUCUUUCUAUGUUUUACACUUUUCUACUUUUUCAUAUAAAGGUAAAUAUUAUGUUGGGAAAGAAUAAAGUAAGAAAGAACCUGGACAAAACAGAUUCAAAUAGAAACUAGAAAGUGGCAAUGCAUAUCAUACAUACAUUAUGAGACCUACAAAUAUCCUAAAUACUCAGCAACAUGUUGCAUUGUGUUAAUUGUCAUUAUUGUCAAUAUCAGCAGAUGCCUGAAAUAAAUUAUAUAUAUUCGUUAUGUCUGAAUGUAUAGAUAUUCAUGUUUUCUGAAUCCACCUAUAGCAAUUUAUAUAGCGCAUAAAAAUACAUAGAACUGUUUUUUAAUCCGCAAAGCCUCGUUUUUCGAAAGAUGCUCAAUCUUGAAGAUUUAAAUGCAAUAACUUCACGAUUUUCAAAUCUGUAUUAAAGGAUACAAAAUGAAUCCAAAAUAUGUUUACCAUGUGCUUCCUCAUGCCAUCAACAAUCUUUAGUUACGGCUUAUUGACUGCUGUUGCGCGACAAUGUCACCCAACAAUGUUUGACAUCGCCGAGUCAUCAAUUAUUUCUGUUUAGGUAUGCAAAAAUUCUAGAUCUAAACGUCGAUAUAUCGAUAAAUUGAUAUUUUUUUGUGAUUCAUAGAGUUUAAUGAGCUAAUAGAUAACGUUCUUUAUUCUUGUGUGGAUGUUAACACUAACAUUUUUCAGAAUAGAUGAGUUUUUAUGGAUACUACCUACCGGCAACAUUCAGUUUUCUAUUUCGCGGACUGCCCCUAGUUUGACCUAACAUUUAGUUCCUCCACUAUUCAAACUACAAAUCCAAAACCAUCCAAACAUACCCAUAAUCAAACAUAACCAGAAACGUGGCCAUUACGAAAUUAGCAUACACACUAAAAGAAGUGCUCUAGAUCAAACCCAUAUAAUAUACUAUUAAAUGAGGGUCGUGGCGACAUUCAACCUAUAUGAGUUCUAGCUUUUAAAAUCCAGUUCAUUGAAUUGAGGGUCAUGGCGACAUACAGCCUUUUGAACUAUAUGAAGAACUCCAGCUUUUAAAAUUGACUUCACCAGACUCUGUCAACGAUGCAGGACACUUUAUCCAGUACAUUUUAGAAAAUAAUUUGGAGGUAGAAUAUCCAAAUAAUAAUAACACAAUCAACAUCAUUCUCAUAGUUCCUGUCAGUACAGAUUCUAUUGAGAGAAGCUUCUUAAAGCUAAAGUUGAUGAGAACUAUGAUGAGCCAAGAGACACACUCCAUGUCCUAUCAAAUCUAUCAAUUGAAACGGAAAUAUCAAACAAUUCAGUGAGGCCAAAAACCAAAAAGUUCUAUUUUUAAUUUGUAUUUGUUUAUUUGAUAUUUGUCAUUACUUGAUUAGCGAUAAAACGUACUAAUAUAUUAGUGUGUAACCCAGCUCGAUAAAUUUAACGUUUAAAGUUUUUUUUUUGACUGGGAAAUGGAAGGGGUCUCGCAAAGCUGAUGUCGCCGACAUCCAUAUAUUAUGGCCUAGCGCCACCACUGGGGCUAGUUGAACAGCGCAACUGUCUGAUUGCGACUUUUUUGCAUCAUAAAUAUGUUGAAUAUUAUUGGGCAACACUGUCGCCCGAUAUAAAUGGCGUGCAUAAAUUGGCUCUUAUUAAUAUUAAGAUAGUUUCACUGUGAUUGAUGAAAGUUGAUUAACAGAAAAUAAAAACGCCAGGGAAACACAUCAGAUACUACAGAAUCCUUUUUGUAACGGCAAUAAAAUCAAAAUACCUUCUAGAAUGUUUUUUUGGUGGAUAUUAGACAAAAUGAAAAAUCGAGUCUGUUACCUGUUUUCAAAAUUGUUCAUUUGUUAACUACAACGAAUACGCUCUAUUUCCGAAAUAUACCUGAGAUUUCUGUGUUUAUACAUAUAUGUAAAGAAAAAUUAACGAA